UCCUUUUAGCUGGACUGUAGCUAGGAAAAGAGAAAAAAUAAGAAUGAAAGAAAUUAGGAGAGCAGCGUGUACGGAACAGCCCGAGCUGUGGUAGAAAUACGGGAGAGAGCCGAGCCGUGUGUCCACACUGCACCAGCUCCCCCACCUCACUGGCAUCUGCGGCAAAGUUCCUGGUGUAGGGAAAUGGCUAACGUUACAUCUCCCAUAUUGUCUAUGUACAAUGAAACCCUGGAGACCAAGGAGGCAGUUAAACAUCUCUUCUCAUCCCUGGAGUCAAUGUGCAAGCAGUUUGCCCAGGUGAAGGCAGAAGUAGCAUGCAUCGCUGUAUAUGGCUCCGAAGCUUUGAUAGUUGGCAGCAGGAAAGGAAAAGCCUUCUUUGAUUCCAGAACGGAUCUCCAGAAAGAUUUCAUACAGUAUUGCAGUGAAAAUUGCAUUUCAGAACCUGUAAUGAAGACUCUUAGAUUAACAUCGAACUGUGCAGAGAUUGAUUCACUUCGGAAAUGUGUUGAAGAUCUGUUCUGUCUUUGCUAUGGUAAAGCAUUAGGAAAAUCAACUCCAGUACCUGUUCCCUAUGAUAAGAUGGAUAGAGACCCCACUGCUGUCAUGGUAUGUGGCCUCCCAAAUGAUGUAGCCUUUAAGAAUCCAUCAACAUAUGACCUUCACACUAUACAGCAGCUCUUGGAAAACAGGUCCAGCAUAUCUUUUACUAUAAAAAGGCCGUUUCUUGAUAGGAAAGGCCCAAAAGAUGGAGUUACUGCUGAAGCAGGAGGCUCUUUAUCUGAGAGGGGUUAUCCAGUCCAAGUGAAAGAAGAAGCAAGUAAUAAUUCUGGAGAAAAUGCAGUUGAGCUAGCAGUGGUGAAAAUAAAAGAAGAAGCUGAUGACCAGGAUUACUAUCAAUUCAGAUUCCAGGGACAUGCUGAAUUUAAUAAAGGAGCAGAAGAGGAUCACAGUGGAGAAAAGGAGUAUGUGCCAGCACAUAAGAAACAGAAGUGCGCUGACAAUCAGCCUGGCAUUGAGCAGUGCAAGAGGAAAACAAGAGAGUUUAAUUUUGAAAAAUGGAAUGCAAGGAUUACUGAACUAAGAAAACAAGUAGAAGAAUUAUUUGAGAAAAAGUAUGCUGAAGCAAUAAAUGUGAGUGGGCCGGUAUCCAUUCCAUAUCACCUUUUCCAGUCUAAUUCAGAAGAUCUUUAUGUGGAAGGACUGCCGGAAGGAAUCCCGUUUAGGAGACCUUCAACUUAUGGAAUUCCACGUCUGGAAAGAAUACUGCUGACAAGAGAGAGGAUGAGAUAUGUCAUCAAAAAGCCUGAGCUUCUGAAUACAACAAAAGAAGCCAUAUCCAUUGAAAGGACAGCGCCAGGAGUGAAAGAAGAGUGGUAUGAAAAGAUAACCAAGUUAAGAAAAAGUGUUGAUCAACUGUUCAGCAAAAAGUUUGCUAAAGCUAUGGGAAAGACAGAACUGAUUCCUGUACCCUACCAGAAAUUUGAAGCGAAUCCCACCGAUAUGUAUGUGGAGGGGCUCCCAGAUAAUAUCCCCUUUAGAAGUCCAUCUUGGUAUGGGAUUCCUAGACUGGAAAAGAUUAUUCAGGUUGGAAGCCGGAUCAAAUUUGUAAUAAAAAAACCUGAGCUUCUCACACAGACAGCACCAGAAUCCGUUCAAAGCAGAACAAAUGCAGGAGCAAAAGAAGACUGGAAUGUUAGAAUUACUAAAUUAAGAAAACAAGUUGAAGAAAUCUUUAACACAAAAUUUGCACACGCACUGGGACUCUCAGAAGAAGUAAAGGUCCCUUAUCCAGUGUUUGAAUCUAAUCCAGAGUUUCUCUAUGUGGAGGGAUUACCAGAAGGAAUUCCAUUCCGGAGCCCCACAUGGUUUGGAAUCCCUCGUCUAGAGAGGAUUGUAAGGGGAGGUACCAAAAUUAAGUUUGUUGUUAAGAAGCCACAGCUUGUAGCACCACUCCUGCCUCCUGAGCUUGUCAGCAAAAUAAAUGUGGAAGAAAUCGAGACUCAUCAGACCAGGCAACAUUUUUCCAGUCUUCAACAGUCCAAUUUUGCAGUUCAGAGCUCAGGCAAGGGACACAGUCCUGGAAAUCAGUCUGCAGAUGAUGAUGCAUCCAAAAAUGUAGCGUGCUGUGCUCCACAAACCAAUGGUUCCACCAUGAAAUCACGAGGAAAAGAGUUUUCCUUUGAGGCUUGGAAUGCUAAAAUUACUGAUCUAAAGCAAAAAGUUGAAGCACUGUUUGAUGAGAAAUGUGGGGAGGCUUUAGGUUUGAAAGAGCCAUUUAAGGUACCGUUUGCAUUGUUUGAAUCCUAUCCAGAAGACUUCUAUGUGGAAGGCCUUCCCGAGGGAGUUCCAUUCCGCAGACCCUCCACUUUUGGCAUUCCAAGACUAGAGAAAAUUGUCCGAAACCGAGCAAAGAUUAAAUUUAUUAUUAAAAAACCUGAAUUGUUUGAGGCUGCUGCAAAAGACACAACUCUACAGUACCCACAAAAAAGAAUUCAGGCACAAAAUAAAUCAUUCACUGCAUCUGGAGUUGAGGAUCUCAAUAUCAUCCAAGUAACUGUACCAGAUGUGGACGCUGAGAAAACCAUUAAAGUAGACAAAGCUCGUCAGUUGAGGGAACAGGUUAAUGAACUGUUUAGUCAGAAAUUUGGAGAAGCAAUUGGCAUGAAUUUCUCAGUGAAAGUUCCUUAUAGGAAAAUAACUGCCAACCCAGGAUGUGUAGUAGUGGAUGGAAUGCCACCAGGGGUUACAUUCAAAGCCCCCAGUUAUCUAGAAUUAAGUUCAAUGCGCAGAAUCCUAGAUUCAGCCCAAUUUAUAAAAUUUACAGUCAUAAGGCCUUUUCCUGGCUUGCUGCUUAACAACCAAGCAACAGAUGAAAGUGAGUCUGGACCAUCUACAGAAUCUGGUAAACCUGACAGGAUUCAUACAGCAGAACCAGAAGCAGGAGAUCUAAGAGUUGAAUGCAAUAUAAAACAGGAGUCAGACCCAACGUGGUGAAGGUUUCUUGAGGAGGUCUCUACAGUGAACAGACAAUGCUAAGAUAUGAAUGAAUGUGAAUUCUAGAAGAUAACCUGUUUACAGAAAUCAUAAAAUAAACCCAUUUUUGAAAUAAACUGCAUGUCACCUGUAUAUAUUACAAAUUAACUUCUAUUCAUUGAAGGGAUAUUCCCAUCUACACCUAUUCAAAGAGAAGGGACUUGCAGCCAUUUAAAUGGCGAUGCAUACACUUAAGAUGGCAGUGCCCCUUUAAAGAUGGUAAUGUAUAUUGUGAAAGGAGCACUUUGGGAUAAAAUCUCUAAUAUGAACUGUUACAUUUUUCCUUCCAUCACUGCAUUUAAAUAUACUUUACCCAUCCCAUGUAAUG